AUGGCGCCACCUGUUGCUACCGGUAAGCGACGGCGGCCCGCGAGUGCGCUGUUGGCGCCGCCGUGUCGCCGGUCGCGCGUGGACGCCGCGGCGCUUGUGGACCCCACGACGGCAUUGAAGAAGCGGCGACUGGACACGCCAAGUGCAGGAGCUGGUGGACUGGUUCAGUGCCGUUCGACGGUUGACGCAGAGGCGAUAGGGCUCGGGACGAAGCGACGGCGCGGCCGUACCCCACGAAGCAAAGAGGAGGAGGACGAGGAGGAGGAGGAAGAAGAAGAAGCGGAAGAGAAAGAGACAGAGAAAGCGGCGACGACGACCAGAGCGACGUGUGAGCAGACGAGAGAAGACGAGACGGGUGUCGACGUGGUCGGAGGCGAGUUGAAGCGACGUCGCGUGGACGGAGACGAGCGCAGUGCGGGGCGUUUGCUGCCUGCGCUCGAGGCACGGGUUGGUCUAUUGGUCACUAAACAGAGGGAGUCGCCCUCGUGUGGGCGUCUGGCACGGACCCAUCAACGCACGAUUACAAGCGACGAAGAAAAAGACGAGGACAAUACGGACAAUACGGACAAUACGGACAAUACGGACAAUACGGGCAAUACGGACAAUACGGACAAUACGGACAAUAAGGACAAUACGGACAAUAAGGACAAGGGCGACACGGACGUUCGGGUCGGGGCUGGGACAUCGAGUCGAGAAGUGGACGCCGUGCGGCGUCUGGACGACAGGAGAGACGACGCUGCAAGUCACGGGACUGUUGAUGGCGGUCCGUCCGUGCGGCCGAGCGACGUGGCGCUGGUCGGGGGUGGGACCCCGAAACGACCCGACGACUGUGAGAAUGUCGCCACUGGGGACGAGCAGACCGCGCGCGUGCACCACCGGACGUCGCUCCGGUCGGUGCAAGUGACGCCGCCGCCGUCGACGCGGAUGUUGGACCGGAAGAACCCGCCGCCGCCGCCACGGAGACCCAAGCGGCGCCAUUACGGCGGCAUUGUCUACGCGCGGACGUACCCGCGCUUGGCGCUGUCGCCACUGGUCGACGACUCGCCGCCGACGUCGCCGCGUGUGUUUCGUUCGCUGGAAAACGAGUUUGCGUUUGCAAUGCAGGACACGCCCGAGAUCCGGCCUCGAGUUCGGCCAGCGCCGCGGAUGGCCCGGGGGUCCCGACGGUCCACGCGCGCUGGGGCCUCGCGCGCGCAUCGGUCGUUGGCCACGCCCACGUCGACAAUGGUCUUGCGGUCCCGACAGCUGAACCCGAGCUCGAGUGCAGACGGGGGCAAGCCCGAGAACCAGCGCGAGCGCGAACAACGGGACGCGCAACGCCGACAAUGA